AUGGCCAAACCUUUCUUCCGACUCCAGAAGUUUCUCCGCCGAACGCAGUUCCUGCUCUUCUUCCUCACGGCCGCCUACUUGAUGACCGGCAGCCUGCUGCUACUGCAGCGGGCCAGAGUGGCCCUCCCACAGGGCCCCCGGGUGCCCAGCCCCCUGCAGGCCUUACCCGUGGCUGCUGUGGCCCUGGGCAUGGGCCUGCUGGACAGCAGAACCCUGCACGACCCCCACGUCAGCCAGGAGCUGCUGCUCGGCGUGGACGUGCUGCGGAGCCCCCUGGCCCGGCCCCGGCCUGGCCCCCGCUGGCUGCGGAGCCGCAACUCCGAGCUGCGCCAGCUGCGGCGGCGCUGGUUCCACCACUUCAUGGGUGACACCCAGGGGCCACCUGCCCUGGGCCCUGAAGCCCCAAGGCCAGCCACUCACAGCCAAGGUACAUACAUCGGGUGCUUCAGUGAUGGCGGCCAGGAGAGGACUCUGAAAGGGGCUGUGUUUUAUGACUUGAGGAAGAUGACCGUCUCCCACUGUCAGGACGCCUGUGCAGAGCGGUCCUAUAUCUACGCCGGCUUGGAGGCCGGAGCAGAGUGUUACUGCGGGAACCGACUCCCGGCAAUGAGCGUCAGGCUGGAGGAGUGUAACCAUGAGUGCAAGGGGGAGAAGGGCUCAGUGUGCGGGGGCGUUGACCGACUCUCUGUGUAUCGCGUGCAAGAGCUGCAGCCUGGCUCCAGGAAGCGGAGGACCGUCACGUACCGUGGGUGCUUCCGACUGCCAGAGAAUGUCACACACACCUUCCCUGACUCCCUGAUACAGGCCAACGUGACUGUGGACACGUGCACAGGCUUCUGUUCCCAGAAAGAGUUCCCCUUGGCUAUCCUCAGGGGCUGGGAGUGCUACUGUGCUUACCCUACACCCCAGUUCAACCUGCGGGAUGCAGUGGAUGGCUCACUGUGCAGCCAGGAGCCUGAGAUACAGCAGCUGGGGGGUUACUGCGAGGUCUACCAGACACCUGUGCAAGACACUCGCUGUACAGACCGGAAGUUCCUGCCUACCAAAUCCAAAGUAUUUGUGGCUUUGUCAAGCUUCCCGGGAGCUGGAAACACAUGGGCCCGGCACCUCAUCGAGCACGCAACUGGAUUCUAUACAGGCAGCUACUAUUUUGACGGAACCCUCUACAACAAAGGGUUCAAGGGUGAGAAGGACCACUGGCGGAGCCGGCGCACCAUCUGCGUGAAGACCCAUGAGAGCGGCAGGAGGGAGAUUGAGAUGUUUGACUCCGCCAUCCUGCUCAUCCGGAACCCCUACAGGUCCCUGGUCGCUGAAUUCAAUAGGAAGUGUGCUGGGCACCUGGGCUACGCAGCUGACCGCAACUGGAAAAGCAAAGAGUGGCCAGAUUUCGUCAACAGCUAUGCGUCAUGGUGGUCCUCACAUGUGCUGGACUGGCUUAAGUAUGGGAAGCGGCUGCUGGUGGUACACUAUGAGGAGCUACGACGCAGCCUGGUGCCCACGCUUCGGGAGAUGGUGGCCUUCCUCAACGUGUCUGUGAGUGAGGAGCGGCUGCUUUGUGUGGAGAACAACAAGGAGGGCAGCUUCCGGCGACGGGGGCGGCGCCCUCAUGACCCCGAGCCCUUCACACCAGAGAUGAAGGACCUGAUCAAUGGCUACAUCCGAACAGUGGACAAGGCCCUGCGUGACCACAACUGGGCCGGGCUGCCCAGAGAGUAUGUGCCCAGAUGA